CUUGCGGUGACAGCUCUCGUGGGUUUUCCUGCGUGUUUGUUGCCCCUUCACCGCAAGGUCUCAUUGUCGACCCCGCAGAUUCACGGCCCCGGAUAUGUCCUUAAACUUCUUUUUAAUAACGGGCAAUUCUGACGCUAGCACAUUGCCGUGAAUUGUAUCAACAUGAUCGUCAAAGCAGAAUCUCCACCCGCCGAUGACUUCAGGGAGUUCCACCUGUCGUUCCUCGACCAAAACAACGUUCGAGUUUACACUCAAACAUUAUGCAUCUUCCCUUUCCCUGACCAGAAUAACGCUGAGGCUGCCAUUCGGGCUCUCGACGAUGGAUUACGCCUGACGCUUCAGAGGUUUCCUUUUCUCGCCGGCAUGCUCAGCCUCGUCGACAACAGAUCAGGCAGGCUCCAGCUCCAGUACCCCGUCAACGUCAUGAAUCGUGCGGCGACAGAAGGUCUAUUCUCGGCCAAGCAGAUCUCCAUCGGCGAUUUCAAUCGCCCUUACGAGGAGCUCAAAAGGGCCGGCAUGCCGCCGAGCGCGUUCAAGAGUACCACGUUUCUUCCAGACGACUUCUCGAACUACCCUGCUGUCCCUGCCAGCGGCGAGGGCAUCUGCAGCUUCGAGCUUGGCGAGGCUCCGGCGAUGAGGGUGCAGGCAUGUUUCAUCCCCGGCGGACUCGUCCUGAGCAUCUAUGUCCACCACAGUGUUCUCGACUUUCAUGGCAUCUCGACUUUCUGGGAAUCGUUCUCUGCGAACGUUUCUUACGUCGCACGGACGCAUGGUUCCAGGGAUCUGGAUCAAGUGCCUCUAAGCAUAGCCGACUAUCAAUCUUCGCUUCGAGUCAAGCUUGACGAGCGUGUAUCCUACAAGGGAACGCAAGAGCCAACCGCCGACUGCUACUGCAAAGGCAGCUACAAAUACAAGAAGACCUUGCCUGACGACACCGAAUGUACGCAACGAUUAUUCGUUCUGCCUGCAGCCCGCAUUCGCGAAUACCGUGAACGUCUGCGGCCAUACUUGCCAGCAUCCUCGCCCCCCACACUGUGCAAUGUUCUUGCUGCUCUGGUAUGGACACAUGUUACACGCGCGAGAGGAACCCGAUUAUUAGAGCACGGCCUUGCACAGACUAACUGUGGUAUCGCUACCGACCUGCGCAGGAGAUGGCGGCCCCCCGUCGGUGCCGACUACACGGGCAACUGUGCGUUGUUCUCCAAAUGCACAGCCGAGAUCUCGGAUCUGACAACGGAGGAUCGGUGAGUAUUUCUAUCCCGCGUUUAUCGAUCCGUGCACCUCAUACCUGCAUACCUGCAUGGUGUUCAUGGUCUAGAAUAAGCGCUACCCCGAUUCGUCGUAGAUCCCCCAAGCUGACGAGCGAUGCAGUGUAACCGACACCACUAUUCUUCACGUCAUCAGGAAGAUCAAGGGCACAAUCGCGAGUGUAAACAACGACUGGAUCGACCGUCACUUUGCCUUCUUCAAGGGUCUUGACGAGAUCGAGGACACAGAAUGUGCUUUGGCCCUCAAGUUCGGCUCCGAUUGCUAUAUCACCUCGUGGCUGAACUUUGGUGCCGACUACUGCUGGGGCAUUCCUGGCACCGACCUCGCGGAG